UUCAAACACCGUCCAUUUUGACAAGUGUAACACGUGAAAAUGAAAUAAGUGAAUAUAAACUACUGUAACUUAUUUAUAUAAACAUGUCGAUGUUAGCGGCACCUCGCCGUAAACAGAAAGUGAUAAACCUUCGUGCUAAAAACAAUGCUUGGAGCAAUGAUACUAACAAGUUCGGGCAGAAAAUGUUGGAAAAAAUGGGUUGGAGUGCGGGCAAAGGGUUAGGUGCGAAAGAAAAUGGAAUGGUUGAUCAUGUCGUAGCGAAAUAUAAAAACGAUGAACGAGGAUUGGGUUUUGAAGAUAAGAAUGACCAAUGGACGAAACAUGAGGAUGACUUUAAUGCACUACUUGCGAAUCUAUCAAAUGCUGAAAGUAAUGCCGAGACCUUACAUAGUGGAGUUUCAUUAGAAGACAAAUCAAAGAAAAGUAAGGCUCGUAUCCACUACCACAAGUUUACACGCGGCAAGGACAUGUCACGGUACAGUGAAAAAGAUUUGGCUAAUAUAUUUGGUAAAAAAAGUUUGAAAGAGAAAGAAGAAGAAAAACUUGUGCAGGAUGAUGUAAAAACUAGUGAACAAGUAUUUACUGAGAAGGGUAACAUGGAUGAUUAUUUUAAAACUAAAUUAGCCAACUUGAAAUCAAAAAGCAAAUUGCUCAACUCUAAAUAUGAAUCCAGUAAUGAAGACGUGGUGGCUGAUUAUAGUUUCAAAGGUUUUUCUAAUGAUACUGAAACAGAAAAUGAAACCACUAAUACUUCUGCAUUCCAAGGAUUUUCAUUUUAUAAUAUGAAAAAUAAAGAUAAUGUUGAAACUUCCUUGUCAGAUACAGUUAUAGAUAAUAAUGAAGAAUUAGUAAAAAAAAAGAAAAAGUCAAAGAAAAAAGAACAAUCUGAGGUAACAGAAGAAAAUAGUAUUAAUGCAGAUUUAGAAAUAAAUAAUGAACUGCAGUUUGAUACUUUACAAGAAACUAAAGUAAAAAAGGCAAAAAAGAAGAAAUAUCAAGAAUUAACUGAAGAUUUAGUUGAAAGUGAGCCAAUAAAGAAGAAAAAGAAAAAUAAAAAUAAACAAAAUGAAGAUAUACAUGAACAGAUUGUAAAAUGUGAUGAAGAUAAAGUACCAAAAAAGAAAAAAAAACGAAAAAAUCAAAACAAUGAGUAAAAAUUAUAUAAAAAA